AUGACAUCGAAAAUGAAAUUGGGCAAUUUGGCUCUCUUACCUAAGAAGAAGCCAAAGAAGAAGGUUGCCAAGGAAAAUCCAAGAAUCCAGAGAGAAUUAUUUCAACGUAAAAAUAUUGCUAAACCAUUUACGUUUACUGGCAAGUCUGAAGUCCCCAUAACCGGCAUUGCUCCAACUGGUUAUGCAGGAGGUGGCCUUGGUGGUCCAGGAGUUAACGCUGAUAAUGUCAGAGAAUUCCUCACAGAACUAGAUGCCUUUGAAAAAGAAUUUGGCUAUGGUAAAUAAGGAAGAGACAGAAGGGAUUUCAUCCCUGAAGAAUAUUCAUAAACCAUUCUAUGGCUUAGUUCCUAAUGAUCCUAAAUAAAAAGUUUUACUAUGGAGUCAAGAAUGAGAAGUACUAUGGAUAUGCCCAGCCCAAAAUUCCAGAGAAUAACCGAGGAGAAGUCAUCGAUGGGAUUUUCUACCCUCUGGAUGAAGGUUCUCUCUCAAACGGGUACUACCAAAGACAGAUGGCAGGCAAUGAAGGUAAAAAUUUUCAGGCUCCAAGGGUUAAAGCAAAUAACGAAAGACCAGAGGAUGAAAAGCUAGACCCUCGGAUAAUAGAAACUGCUAAUAUGAUCCUGCAACAACAAGAGAAAAUGAAGCAAAGAGUGAGAGACAAAUAUCGUAAGAAUAAUGUAGCAUUCCGUAAAAAGCAUGAAACAGUGCAAAAAUAACAUCGAACUUGAGCAAGUGUUCGAUACGAUUGAAGAACAACAAAACAUGAUCAUUGACUUGGUGAAUAAUGUAGUCACUGAUAGGGAAAGGGAACUCAAGAAGAGAAAUGCAAUGCUGCGAAUGAGAAUAGAAAAUCUAGAAAGAUCCAUAACUCUUGAGGAAGCACAGAGACAAGAGAUGAUGCAAAACUUUCCCAUGGUGCCGAUCCUGAAGAAUCCUCAAAAGAAAGUUCAUUAUGAAGAUGACUCGGAUGAUAGUGAUGAUUCUGAUGAAGACGAUGAUGACUCUGAUGAUGAUCAAGAUGAUGAUUCGGAUUCAGAUUCUGAGUCUGACAUGGAAAACUAUGUUCCUAAAUUCCAUACUCCUCGCGGAAACUCAAUUGCUUAUGCUCCUCCAGCUGCUAAUUACAACCAUCGUGCUCCUAUGUAUCCUGGGAAUAAAUCUCACAGGUUAGUGAUGAGAGAGAAAGUUUUGCAACCAAAAGAAAGGGCUGAACUGCGGAGACAGAAGAAGCAGGAAAAACAAAGAAUGUUUGCAUUCAACCAAGCUGAAAACGAGAAAAUUGAAAACAAGAGUGCUGUCUAUAAUGAGCUCCGCCGGUUAUAUCCUCAAGGGGAUUUGGCAAAGACAAGAGAAGAGAGAAACUUUCGUAAAAAUACUCCUGUAGAAAAUAUCAAUAGGGAACAAGUACAAAGACGAGAAGACCUAUAUCCCAAGAUUAAAGGAGUCCCAAGGGUACCCUUCAGACCUUCUCAUGUUUCAAACCCUGAUGGAGAUGGCAGUUCAGAUAGCAGCUCUACUCAUCAAGAGACAACUGGGUCAAUAGCAGCUUCAAAUAAAGAGGAUUGGACAAAGGAAUAAUUUAGCAAAGU